AUGAAGGAGGCCAAGGGGCAGAUGGCCUACGACUCGUUCGAGAUCGCGGCGAGGACCUUGCUCUUCCGGCCGACAUUCACCGUGCUAGCGCCGGAGGACGCGGCUUUGGUGUCGUCGGUGCACGCCCUGGUGGGCCCCGUGCUUUCCCUCCUGGAGGGGUGCGAGAACGCCAGGUCGGUGGGUAAGGCUAACGAGGCCCUCACGAGGAUCGGGAUGGGCCUGGCGGCUAACCCCAGCGCGACGAGGUCGGAGAUGCUCCUCUACGUUCCCGCGACCGUGGCGCCGUUCCUUCUCCCUCAGACAUCGGAGGAGGAGGACGAUGACGAGAUGGAAGAGGGAGACAGCGAAGACAGCAGCGACAGCGACUGUGGUGCGGGGGGGUCGACAGCCGCGAGAAAGAAGGCCAAAGGGAGCUCCGCUGGCGGCGGGGCUUCAUCCUCCGCCCGGCAGGCAUGUGGCGGGGUCUCCUACGAGCACGCCGAGGGGCGCCUCGCGGCCCUCAACCUGUGCUCCCAGCUCCUCCGACGGCUCCCGGAGCCCAACCUCGACCAGCUCUCCAGCGUCUUCUGCCUCGGCGGCGGCGGGGGCGGCGGGGGCGGAGGUGGCGGCGAUGAAGGUGAUGGGCUGUUCGAUCGGCUACUGGAGGCGUUGCUGUACCAGGAUGCCUGGGUGCGCCUCGCGGCCGCCCGCGUUUGGGGAUCGUUCUUCUCGAAGAGGGAUCCAGAGCCCCUGACCGUAACCGCCGGCGGCAGCGGCGGUGGCAAUGGCGGUGGCGGUGGCCAACGAAAUGCCGGGGCCAGCGGCGGGGUGAUGUUGCCGGCGAGCGAGCCGGGGGAGACGACGGGGGACAGGACUUCCUUCCAAGGAGGCGUGUCCUGUUCCGCCUGUGCCAGAACCUGUGCUCUCAGCUCAACAGGUCGCAGGUGGACCCGAAAGAACCUGGUGUUUAUUGGCCGUGCGAUGCACCUCAACCCGGAGCUAUGCUUCGCUGAGGACGCCGUCGAAGAAGAAGAAGACGCCUCUGGGACCGAAAGCCUGGCGAUGGACGACGCAAGCGACAGCGAGGGGGUUGACGAUGACGGCGGAGAAGCCGCCGCCGCCGCCGCUGAUUCUGCCGAUUAUUCUCUCGCUGGCGGCGGUAGGGUUACCACGUCCGGUGCCGCAGACCCGUUGAGAUGGGUGUUCAAGCGCAUGUCCCAAAUGGUGGUGCCCAAAGGAGAGGCACGGAGGCGAGCGGUGUUCAGCUGGUUCCUGGCGAUGAUGACCGUCCACGAGCCCGCCGUUUCCGUGGCCCACCUGAAGCUCAUGCUUCUACCUGAAGCUCAUGCUUCUGCCGCUGCGGAGAGCGGUGUUAGACGCCGAGGCGGGCGGGGUGGAGCACAAGGCUAGGGGGUCUCAUGCCGGCGGUAGCGGUGGCGGGGGAGGGGGCACAGCUACUGAGAAGGAGCAAACUGCUGCGGAGCUAGCGACGGAGGUGAGUGGAGAAAGAAGGUUGGCAAAGGUUGGCAGCGGCCGCUUCCUAGAGGCCUUGACGGGAGUCAACAUGGAGAUCUCUCGGAAGCGGGUGGAGCGAAAGCGGCAGCGUGCGGUGGAGAAGGCCACGGAUCCGGUUGCGGCGGCAGAGCGGCGAAGGGAUCGCACAGAAGCCGGGAAGAUCCAGAAGCGAAGAAAUCUGGAAGAGUCGGCCAAGCUCCGAGGAGGGACCAAGCGCAUGCGAAUGGGGGGCAUAGGCAUACCCGGCCCUGGCGCCUCAAGGAACGGAGGGGGGCGCGGUGGACGAGAUAGCAGUAAUAGGGGUGGGGCGAGGUGGUGGUCGGCGUGUUGGUGGGAGAGGGGACGGGAGGGGAAGAGGAGGAGGUGGUGGUAGGGGCGGCGGCGGCGGACGUGGUCGACGAUAUGCGACAUGGUUGUCGUCGUUUAGCUAGCGCGUUGUAGCGAGGGAGCCAGUGAUGAGGAUUGGGUUGUCAAGGAAUGAGAAGGCAACUAGGAAAGAAUGGGAGAAUCAAUGGCGCACCGAUGCGGAUUCGGAUUCAAUGCUUUCGACGUGUGAUUCGCGAAGGUGCGGUGAGUCCCAAGCUGCAGUCACGCUACGGAAGUCAACCAACAGGGCAGGCCCUCUCACAGCUGUUCAGGAUUUGGGUCCAACCUAACCUCUAAUUACGCGAGCAUACCACAGGGUCUGCCCGCGUCGAGUUAGUCAACGAUGCACAGGUCAAAGGUCGUUGUUAGUAAACUUGAUC